AUGACAACGUGCCUUAUCGCCAUAAUGUUGGGUGUCGGAGCUUGCAUCCAGCUGAAGGAACUGUGGGCUCAUCUGAGACGUCCAUACGGCAUCCUCAUCGGGGCGGCGUCACAAUUCAUCGUGCUGCCUCUGACGGCGUUCGGUCUUGGUCAUGCCCUGCAGCUGCCCCCAAAGCAGGCGAUAGGGAUGCUGAUCAUGAGUUGUUGCCCGGGUGGAUCCACCUCUAACAUGUUCACGUUGUGGGUGGAUGGAGACGUGCCGCUCAGCCUUUCUAUGACCACUGUGAACACAGUACUGUCGACCGGAUUUCUGCCCCUCAAUCUACUCAUCUAUUGCCGUUCUUGGACAGACAAGAAAGCCGUUAUACCUUAUGCCAAUCUAGCACAGGGAAUAGCUCUGAUGCUGAUUCCGGCAGCCGUAGGAAUAGCAGUGCGUCACUGGAAGCCAAAGGUUGCCAUGUACUUGAUAAAAAUUGGCAGCAUUGCAGGAGCAUUGUCCGUGGUGGUGAUCAUUGCAUUGACAAGCCUGCUCUACCCGUACAUGUACAACUCAUCCUGGAGGAUCUACUUUGCAGUUGCCAUCCUUCCAUUGAUCAGCUUUGGGCUUGGAUACACCUCUGCCUUUAUCUUCAGGAUGCCACAUUACAAGUGCAGAACUGUUGCUUUGGAGACAGGGAUACAGAAUUUCCCUUUCUGUAUGACCUUACUGACCUUGACCUUCAGCAAAUCAGAAAUGGGCGAACUGUCCUUGUAUCCUCUGUUAUUUGGUGUCUUUAUAAUUACCGAGUCAGUUCUAGUGACAGCGGUGUAUAGGGCUGGAGUCAUCAUUUACAGAAGGAUGUCAAAGCCAGAUGAGUUUAUGUCUGUACAACAGAAGGAUGAGACUUGUUAA